AUGCCUUAUGUUUUCUACCCUCCCGGUGUCAAGGUCAUUGCAGUGCGGAUGACUUUAGAAGGUAAAUCGAGGGACGUUAUCCGGAAGGCACUUGGCUUUCAAAUAUCAAACCAAUCCUUCAACCGCUGGCGAGAACUUUACAAGCAAACACGUCGUUUUAUACAAAAUCCUGAAGAAUACGAGCACCUUGGACGUCCAAGGACCCUAUCAUCCGAGGAUUGCACCUUUAUGCUCCAAUUGGUGCGCAACGAACCUGGCCUUUUUCUGGAUGAAAUUCGCGAGAAGCUUUACGAUGCAACCGGUACUCUACUCAGUGUAGAGUCGGUUCAUGAGAAUCUUGUCAAUAACUUGUCGAUAACUUUGAAGAAAGCCGAGACGCUGAAUUCUCAAAAGUGCUUACUCAAAAAAUAUCGCUACGUUGCGCAGAUGUCAUUCUAUCCGGCCAACUAUCUGGUGUUUACAGAUGAGAGUGCCAUUUGUGAUCGAGCCUUGCUCCGCACUCAUGCUCGUUCCCCUUGUGGAACCCCUGCGGCUCGGUACAUUGUCCGUCAGAAUCCGGAGCGCUUUGGCAUCCUUCCUGCCAUCUCAAUAAACGGGAUUAUCGCUUUGACCGUUCGGGUGGAUACUUACACCGGGAUUAAAUUUGAACACUUCCUUAAAUGGUUGUUGCUUCCUCGAAUGAACAAGUACCCUGGACCGAAUUCAGUUCUUGUUUGCGAUAACGCGCGUUACAUUGAGGCGAUUUGUGACGAGUUUGGUGUGCUCGUCAUCUAUCUCCCGCCGUAUUGCCCGGAGCUCAAUCCCAUUGAGCUCUGUUUUGCAAAUCUCAAGAGUCACCUUCGACGGACCCAGGCCCUCUCAGUUACUACCCAACCCGAAUGGCUGAUCUGUCGUGCUUGUGUGAAAGUGAUGACGGCAUGUCUCUGCCGUAAACUCUAUCGCCAUUGUGGCUAUCUUGUACCUUCCCUCAAUCGUCCGACUACGCCCCGUCCUUGUUAA